AUGGACAGAAAAGUAACCAAAGAAACGGUGUGCUUGUCGCCAAGAGAUGUAAACUCAGGCUGUACAACUGAACGUAAAGAAAUCCCCGUCCCGGUUGGCCCUGCCCCGCCGGUAGCAGUCACCCAAUUUGCGCCAGAGGAACUUAAAGUGUCAGAGGAAUUUAAAUGGUUGAUGCAGCGAGUAGCCGACGGCUCAAGAGGCAGCCUCAUAGUACCAGAUGAGAGUGAGCCGGUUAUCAGAGACGGAGCGGUGGUGACUGUCGCGCUUCCGCCCAAAGCGCGCGCGUUAGCCAAGAACUGGCUCAUACGAUCUCCAGGAUUCAGAGCGAACACCAUGCCUGCAUGGCAGUGA